GUAACGUUCAACCUUUUAAUAAAAAAAUAGUUUUACAAAAUAAUGGUUUAAGUAAUGGUGGAUUUUGUUUUUACAGAUGGUAGUGUAUAUAUGUACUUAAGUUAAAAAGGAAUAAGGACAAUGGCAUCGAAAAUUAGCACCGGUUUAGUUGGACUUGCGGUUGAAGCGAAUCCCAGACAGAAGUUAAAUAUUCUUUACAACAACAUUCUGUCAGUGGUCAGCAAAAUUCCAGCAACUGCUUCGUAUAGAAAGUACACAGAAGAAUUUGCAAAUCAACAACUAAAAAAGCUUGACACGAUAAAAGAUGAUGUUCAGCUUGAAAUAGAUUUGGGUCCUGGCCAAUUCGAAGAAGUGAUUUAUAACGCAAAGGCAGAACUUCGUUUAGCAAGAAAGAUGAUCUCUUGGAAGCCAUGGGAAGGAUUAGCUGUUCAACCACCACCAGGACAAUGGGACUGGCCAUGAUUUUCAUUUGCUGUCACUACAUUAUACUAUUAUUAAAACCAUUACAAACUCAUGAAGUUGUUUAAUAUCGUUUAUGUUAUAAAGUAAAUGUAAGAAA